AUGCGAGAAAAUAAAGUUAAAUCCGUUUUUUCUUUUGAUAUUCCAGCUCAAAUAAUUCACAAAAAUGAAAGUUUCUAUACUCCACCUUUCGCGACUUCAUACAAUAUGUUUUGGCAGUUACGCUUAAAAAAAAAUUCAAAUGAUCCAAAUUGUUAUGCAUUAACUCUUAAUGCAAUACCAAAUCCUGAGGAAGAAAUUUCAUCAUCCACCUGGGAUGAUCGAGAGAAAUUUUCGGCUACACUUUUUAUGAAAAAUCCUGAUUUAUCAUUGGACCAUGGUCCUCUUUGCGCCUCAUCAAGCAAAGAUUAUGAAUUUGGUGUUGAAAAAUUUGUAUCAAUUAAUGAACUUCCUAAAGUUGGAUAUAUUACAAUUGGUGUUUGGUUCAACAAGAUAAUAAUCGAAUAUGCAAAACCCGAAUAUCUAAUUCCACCUCGACCAUGGCCAAAAAAUCUUGUCGAAGCUUGGGAAAACGAAUUAAAUAAAUCCGAUUUCGCCGACAUUCAAUUUAAUGUGAAUAAUAAAAAAAUAUAUGCACGUAGUUCCAUUCUUUCACUUCGUUCGGAAUAUUUUCGUAAAAUGAUUGAAGGUGGUUGGACUGAAACAAAUCAAUGCGAUUAUGAUGUUAAAGACAACAAAGUUACUGCUACAUUCAAAGACACAUCGAAACGUCCUGAUAAAGAAGGAGAUCCUCAAUCUGAUAUUAUAGUAGUUAUUAAAGAAAAUAGCAAAUAUAGUGAUGAACAGUUACAAAAUUGGACACCUCCACAAAUUCGUUACAAAGUCAAUGUGACUGAUGUCCAUGAAGAUACUUUUCUUGAGAUGUUACGUUAUCUAUACACGAACAAUUUAGAAUUUGAUUCAACUUCUUUACAUAAAAGACCUUUAGACAUUUUCAUUAUUGCUGAUAAAUAUCUCAUUCCGGAUUUACGUCAAUUAGCUAAAUCGCAAAUUUAUAAAGAUUUAACGGUAGAUAAUGCAGCAGAGAUUUUGUUUGGUCAAGUUUAUGAAUGGGAUGAUUUAAAAAAAGAUGUAAUGAAAUAUGUAGUUUCAGAAUUCUCAAAGAUCAGAAAAACUGACGGAUACAAAAAGGUUAUUUUAAAUAACGUUGAAUUCCCGGCGGCCGUUGAAUUAAUGUCUGAACUUAUUAAACUUUUAGUACCUGAAGAUGAUAAUGAUAAAGUCCCGGAAGAACAAGAAAUCUUCUUUGAAGAAGAAGUAAUAGUAGAUAAGAAUAAUGUGAAUAAUUAUUUGCUUCGAAAAUGA